AUGAGUGACGACAAAGCGGACCUUUUGCGGUUCGCAAAUGAAUAUGCGGACAAAAAUAUUGACCUCUAUGAGCUUCUUGGGGUGGAUGCUCUCACUCCCAAGGAAGACAUCCACCGAGCUUGGAGGAAAGCAUCCUUGAACUAUCACCCGGACAAAGCGCGCGAGAACUUUGAUGCAGCAAAAUGGGAGCUAUUCGAGAGAGCUAGGGAUAUUCUAUCUGAUCCUAAUGCCCGCGCGGCUUAUGAUCAGUCCCUCAAAGCUAAGUUACUGCGCAAGCAGGAGCGCGAGGCGAUGGACAGGGAGCACCAAAAGUUUGCCGACGACCUCGAGGCUCGCGAAAAUGCCCAUAGGCAGCAGAGGCAACAGCAGCAACAGCGAGAACAAGAGAAGUUGGACAAGGAACGAGAGCGACUGGCAGAGGAGCAGCGUCUCCAUGAAGAAGAAAAGAAGCGGCAGGCUGAGGCAGCCCAGGAAAUGGAAGAUUUGGCCGAGGCCAGGCGACGACUGAAAGAGAAGAAAGAGGAAAAGGCAAGGCGGAAGCAGUUCAAGGAGUCAUUAAAGGCCACGGGCGCUGUUAAAAAAACCUCGGGGCCUGCGAAUGGUGCAGUUCUGGUUCCUGGAGAUUACGUCGUGGACCUUGGUUCCGUAAGGAAGAUGUACUGGGAGCUAGUUUGCGACAAGUUGCGGGCCGUUCAAGCGGUAAGAAACUUACAGAAGCUGGAUAUAACGAAUAGCGAGGAGCUCGAAAACGCCGAGAAGGAAAUGAGGGAAGCUAGGCAACGAAUCCACGACGCGGAGAUGAAAUUCCAGCAAGAUACAGCUGCUGUCUAG